GCUGGCUCAAUCCUUUGCCGCAUCUGGCCCAGGAUGUGAAAAGCAUCGCGUCGCCUUCAACCAUCACAACACAUCGCUUUUCCCACCGACAUCGCAUACCGUCGCGAACCACACAGACAAGAUGGCGUGGAGAAAUCAAGGUAUCACCGGAUCGAACAACAUCCCCUUGGGCAAGCGCCGCUUCGGCAGCGAUGUCCAAGAGGCCGGCGCCCCGAACGGCAGUGCAUCGCCCAAUGGCCUCUCCAAUGGCCUCUCCAAUGGCGACCGCGACGUCAAGCGCGGCCGCAGCCCUGAGCGAUCCGAGCAGGAUGGACCGAGGCGUCGCAAGAAGCGCAACCGCUGGGGCGACGCGACCGAGAACAAGGCCGCCGGCCUGAUGGGGCUUCCCACUGCCAUCGUUGCCGACAUGACCAUCGAGCAGCUCGAAGCAUACACCCUGCAUUUGCGCAUCGAAGAGAUUACGCAGAAGCUCAAAAUCGACGAUGUCGUACCCGCCGACGGAGACAGAUCUCCAUCGCCGCCGCCCCAGUACGACAACCAUGGUCGCCGUAUCAACACCCGCGAAUACCGUUACCGCAAACGCCUGGAGGAUGAGCGUCACAAACUGAUCGAAAAGGCCAUGAAGACGAUUCCGAACUAUCACCCGCCCCAGGACUAUCGCCGGCCCACCAAGACCCAAGAGAAGGUCUACGUGCCGGUGAACGAUUACCCAGAGAUUAACUUCAUUGGCUUACUUAUCGGACCCCGUGGCAACACACUCAAGAAGAUGGAAGCAGAAUCUGGCGCCAAGAUUGCCAUCCGCGGAAAAGGCUCAGUGAAAGAGGGGAAGGGCCGCUCUGACGCUGCGCACUCCAGCAACCAGGAAGAAGAUUUGCAUUGUUUGAUCAUGGCCGACACGGAGGAGAAGGUCAACAAGGCGAAGAAGCUGAUUCACAAUGUCAUCGAGACGGCCGCGUCGAUCCCCGAAGGCCAGAAUGAGCUCAAGCGCAACCAACUGCGCGAGCUUGCCGCCUUGAACGGGACUCUCCGUGACGACGAGAACCAGGCAUGCCAGAACUGUGGCCAGAUCGGGCACCGCAAGUACGAUUGUCCCGAGAGGCAGAACUUCACCGCCAACAUUAUCUGCCGUAUCUGCGGCAAUGCCGGCCACAUGGCUCGUGAUUGCCCGGAUAGACAGAGGGGUUCCAGCUGGCGUAACGACGGUCCGAUGGGCCGGCCUGGUGGUCGCCUGGGCGGCGGCGGCGGAGGCGAUGCUGUGGACCGCGAGUACGAGCAACUUAUGCAGGAACUCGGCGGAACCGGGGCGGCUCCUGCGCGCAUCGAAGCUGGCCCUGGAUCUCACGGUCCUCCUGGCGGCGGAGGCGAUGCUCGGCCUUGGGCGCGCGGUCCGACCGGCGCCCCGGCUCCUUGGCGUGUCCGGAACAACGACCGCGACCAAGACGGCGGCAAUGGUCCUACUGGCGGCCCGGCACCCUGGGUUCGCGACCGAGACCGCGACCGAGACCGCGACCGCGACCGUGGCUACCGCGGCGCCGAUGGGCGCGAUGGAGGCGACAGCUAUUACCCUGGUCAAAGCUCGUACGGCGCGGCGCCUCCUUCGCUCCCCUCGGCCCCCGGCACUGCUCCUUGGCAUCAACCCAUGGGACCUCCAGCCGGAUAUGGUGGCUACCCAAGCUACGGCGGUUACGGCGCUCCUGGUGCUCCUCCGGGAAUGGCUGGCGCCCCUCCUGGCCUGCCUCCCCCUCCCCCUCCCCCUCCUGGUGCUGCGCCUCCCGGCCUUCCGGGCGGGCUGAAUGCGCUCAUUCAGCAGUACGCCAAUGCCGUUCCGCCUCCACCCCCGCCUCCGCCGCCGUCGGGCGAUGCUCCGCCGCCGCCUCCUCCUCCCAUGGACCUGCCGCCGCCUCCUCCGGUAUCUUAAGGGCGAAGGUAUACUGACUGGUAUGGUGUGUGCUUAACUCCACAGCGUAUCUAGGUUGACAGGGCCGCUCGCCACGUGAGCAGCAGAAUACUGGGGACUAACGAGUAGCGCGGAGAAUUCUUAUUUUUCCUCACAUGUUAUUUUGGAAGUUUUGUUUGGCGCAGAGGUGGUGACGUU